AAUACCACUGUACUACCAGGGCGUUCACUUGCACUGCCACUGUCGCCGUUAAUCCGCUGUGCAACUUUGCUGUUAUACGGCAUUGUGUAAUUGGCUUCAUUUCAAAGUUGCAAUAUUUCAGUCAAGUAAAUAAUAUAAAGAAAAGCUGAAUUGAUCAUGAUGGAUGUGAAGAUGAUCAGACUGAAACUCUACCAAUCUACGAUAUGGACAUUAUUCAUGGCAAUUUGUUUAUCAGAAGCCGUCAAAUUGAAUGAUCAGAUCCUUCACUAUGAGGGUUUGGAUUAUGACACUACACACAUCAACCUACAGCAUAGGAGAGUAGCUAGGUCAACAGACUCUCAACAGAGAGUGGAAAUCAAGUUCAAUGCACAUGGAAGAGAUUUUCAUUUAAGGUUGAAGAGGGAUGUCAACACUUUUUCAAAGGAGUUUCGAGUUGUGACAUCACAAGGAGAAAUCCCCAUGUCAUUUGAAGAUGCCCCUAUGUACAUUGGAGAACUAGUUGAUGAAUCUGGUACAUACUGCCAUGGCUCUGUGAGGGAAGGGCAGUUUGAAGGGCAUAUCCUUAUCCCCAAAUCCCAAGAGUCUUAUUCCGUGGAGCCAUCGAGUCGUUACCUGGAGGAUCCAGACUUCCAUUCCAUCAUCUAUAAAGACGAAGAUGUUGUCCUACCAGAUGAACCCAAGAUGGAGGAUGAGGGUCAGGGAAGUUGUGGAGUCAAAGGCGAGAUCAAGAAAAGAAUGGAUAAAAAACUAAAGAAUAUGAGACACUCUGAAGCCGAUGCUGAUGAUGUAACUUUCCGUAAGAAGAGACAGACGAUAGAUGUGGACAAGCAAACGUGUUCUCUCUACAUCCAAACUGAUCAUACGUUCUAUGAGAGACACGGAUCUGUCAGUGCAGUUGUAACCCAGAUAGGUCAGCAUGUGCAAUCAGCAAGUUUUAUCUAUGAAAACACUGAUUUUGGUAACUACCGAAACAUCUCCUUCGCUGUGCAAAGGAUGAGGGUAUGGACUCCGGAUGAUAUUGGGAGACUUACAUACCUCUUUGGUAACAACUACAUUGGUGUGGAAAAGUUCCUUGACCUAGCUUCAACAGGAAACUUCAAUGAGUACUGCCUCGCCUACACGUUCGCAAACCGUGAUUUUGCUAAUGGAGUUCUCGGCUUGGCAUGGAUUGCGAGUAUUACAAGGAGAAGCAAUGGUGGUUUAUGUGACAAGCAAACCUCAAACGGUCAAACGCUGAACACAGGAAUCGUGACAACAAACAAUUAUGAGGCUAAUGUACCCCCUCUUAUCUCUCAUCUUACUUUUGCCCAUGAGAUUGGACAUAGCUUUGGCUCUCAGCAUGACCCAGCCACUGAUUCAUGUUCACCCGGUGGUAGUAUCGGUAACUACAUCAUGUUCUCCCACUCCUCGGACGGUAACCUCAUCAACAAUCAGAGAUUCUCUCCUUGUAGUGUGUCUGCCAUCUCUACAACACUCGGCACCGUCUUCCAGGAAAUCAGCAAAACAAACUGCUUCAAAUCUAAAGCAGACAUCACCUUCUGUGGUAACGGUAUCACCGAGGAAGGAGAAGAGUGUGACUGUGGAUACGAGGAGGAAUGUACACACAGCUGCUGUAUACCCCAGAAUUCAGACUUCACACAGGUCAAUGCUUGCAAGCUAGCUGCCGGUGUAGAAUGCAGCCCAACCCAGGGUACAUGUUGCGAUGCGAGCACCUGUUCCUACAAAGCAAGCAGUGCACAAUGUGAACAGAGCGAUGAAUGUCAUGGAAAGGCCUUCUGUCCUGGAGACUCAUCGGUGUGUCCUGACCCCACUCCUGAGGCAGAUCUGACCCGAUGCGAUGGGGGAAGAAAGCUCUGCAGAGAUGGGGAAUGUACAGAGUCUGUGUGUCUACUUCAAAAUCGUAGGGAAUGCCAGUGUACAGAUGAGGUUGAGCUUUGUGAUUUGUGCUGCCUGGACGACAGAACUAAUCUUUGUCUGAGUUCAUAUAGACUAGGUCUACCUCCAGGCCAGUCGACGCCAUUGAAGGCAGAUACCGGCUCAACGUGUGGUGAUUAUAUGGGAUACUGUGACGGUUUCAGUGAAUGCAGGCAGGUAGAUGAAGACGGUCCUCUGGCUAGCAUCAUCAGAAAGAUCUUCUACAGUGAAGAACCUCAACUCACCGACGCUAUCAUGGCAUGGAUAACGGAGUUCUGGUACGUCCCCCUGAUCAUCGGCAUCGCGAUCAUUGUCCUGAUGAUCCUCAUCGUUGUCCUCUGUAACCGAGUCAUCCCGACCGAUAAUCCGUGGGACCAGGAGGUCGAAAAGUUCAAGAAACGUUCCAGCGUCUACGUCAAGCUGCAACGCAAGCGUUACCGUGGCAGCAUGGCUCCGGGGAUGCACCCCACCCCCGUUGAAUCGCAUCCUGAUUAUACUAUAGAGGACAGGGCUACCCCAUUCUAGCUCUUUCGUUUGUUUUCUGUAGAAUAUCUGCUAGUUAGCAUACAAGGUGUGUGAACAUAAUAAUAUAGUGUCCUAUGCUAUCCUAGCUUUAAAAAGAUAGUGUUUAGGUUUUUUUUUAACAUGAUGUGCUUGUGAUGAGAUUGGACAUUUCAUGCUCUUAUCAACUGAACGAGAUAGAUUGUCGUGCUGAAAUUAGAAUUAAUAUUGAGUGGUAAUUGCUUUCCCUUUCUCCCAGUUAGUAUGGAAUAGAUCUUGUCAGUACUUUAGUAUUUAUUGGUAGAAUCAAUGAAGUGUUUGGCUUCAUUCUCGAGGUAACUGGUUGAUUGAAAUUUGCGUAGGACAUCCAAGUCAGUGCUUGAACAUAAAGUACUCCAUUUGGUGUGGAUAAGCUGUAUAUCUAACACAGCCAGUGUUCUUGAAAUCAGAAAGAGGUGACCUUAUAGUCGGAGAAGCAUGAUUUGUCAAACGUAACUGUAUCAAUGAUGUAUUCUAGGUGAAAUAUGGAUAUAUUUACUGCCUUUAAACACUUGUAUUUAUUGACUUCAUUUUGCAAAAGCCAAGGCUAUUGUAGUUUGGAAAUUGGCCAGUUCAAUUCUCAUAGAUGUAUAACAAUUAUGUAUGCUCAAUAUUAGUUUAGAAGGGCUUUCAAUACAAAAUAUUUAUACAAAAAAAAAAAAAAAAAUCAGUAUUUUUAGGAUGUUUAUAACAGAGGGAAAACAUGUGUGAAUCAAUUGUGCUAACAAGUAUUGAAGAGAAAUUAAAGUAUUUAGAAAACUUAUCAAAAUGGUUGAAAUAGGUAUGCUAACAUUUUCAAGGGCAGAAGUAAAUUGAUGUUACUUUUUUGCUACGCCACUGUGAGGAGCACAUUUUCGUAAUGUUUUUGUAAGGAUAAGGAUAUAAUAUUUUAUAUAACGAUAGUGCCUUCAUGAAUGUCUCUCUGCAUUAAUAACAGGCUGAAGCAAUGGGUAGAACCAGGAGGUAUUUAUUACACCAAUGCAAUAGACGAGGAGACAUUAUUUCUUUAGAUCAGCUGAAAGAGUAUAGUUAUAUACUUGUGCUAUUUAAUAGUUGCAAAUAUUUUCAUGCAAUUACCAUGUACAUUUUUGAACAUUACUAUUGUAUCUGAAUGUAGUGGUUCUCUAGUACUAACAAAUAUACUUCUAUCAUAUAGGAUUGUCUUUGUGUAAGCCAUACCUGGUAUAUGAAAUGGAAUGAAAUGUUGACUGUUAGUGAUGAUUAUGAACUUUUUUUCAUAAAAAGUUCAAACCAGCUGCAAGAAUUAGCUGCUAUAUUAUUAGCCCUAAACUUCUCCUAUUUGUUUAUAAUGGCUGAUUUUAUUUUGCAACAAGAAACUUUAAAAAAAUGGAACAUUUCAAUGUUAUCAUUCAUCAAUGUCAUGGCUUGAAGCUGUCGCAAAUUUAGGCUACUUGCUUAAUUGUGAAACUCUCUUGCAAUCUAUUUUUUUUUCCUUGGGGGGGGGGGGGUAUUAUACAGUAAUUCAUCUCUAUGUUCUCUUAGGUAUAUCAAUCCACACUAUACAAACAAGGCUGAACAAAAGUACUAGUGAUAUUUAGAUUCUAGAAUAGAUUAGAGAUGCUGAACAUUAAAAAAAAUCCUAUAUUAUAAAUUAUUGUUCAUUUAUCAUUUAUAACUUUAUAUUUACAUCACUUUUUGUAUUUUGCUUUAGAACAUGUGCAGCAAUAUCCUUGCUUAUGGCAAGGGGUUUAACGUACCUGUAUCUUCUAUAAUUCUCUGCCAUUAUGUUGUAUUUCUCAAGCAGUACUGGGAUGGAUUUGAGAAAUGUGAAAUUUUUGAAAAAACUUAAUUAAUAAAUUAAUUAUUCUUUUUUAUUGAUGGGUUAUACAAUGUACAUGUAAGUACUCAACCUAGGUAAGUGAAAGAAAUAUAACUUUGUAUAUUUGUAGGAAAUUGUAUAUAUUAUAACUAUAAAAAAAUAGUUAAAUGGAAACAACUGAUCAAAGUAUUAAUAUAUACUUGACUGAAGUGUUAACAAAAUUGUCUUUCAUACUACAGCAAAAAAUACAAUUUAGAUGGAUUUGACACAUGCAUGUGCCUUCAACACAAUUUAAAUUGUAGGCCUACUGUGCACUUUGUAAGAUGAACAUUUUUAUGGACUAUAAAUAUAUACCUGUAUAGAUAAUUAUCAUAAACUAGUGAUCUUUCAUGUGAACUGUAGUUUUUUCCUAUUUCAAAAUAUCAUGGUGUAAUUAUUUUUCUAACUUUCCAAGUUGAUAUAUAUUUAUAUAUUAUUCAUGUCUUUCAGAUAAUAAUCUUCUUUUAUAAUAAUCUUGUAUUGAGUAAUUUCUUGCUUUGAUCAAGCAGUGUACUUAAAAAUAAUAAAUGAUUGACCUUUUUGGAUUUACAGAAAAA